AUGUUUUCUUCCUUAAAGGGUUUCUCCUGGCACGGAAUUCGUGAUACCGAUGAGGUAGAUAUGGCGUUUAACAUUCUGCGAGCCUCUGCGGCGACUUUGGAAACCUUCAGCGUCAGUAUAGAUGAUAAACCUACCAGGACCUACCGUUAUGCAAAUGCGUACGGCUUAUACAUUGGAGAGAGCUCCGUUCCCGAAAUCACAAAGAAAUUCAAGCAAUUAGAUCACUCAUUGGGACUUGAAGGGGUUAAACUAGCCUCUCUUGCCGAGUAUCAAGCGCCAGGAACACAAAUGUUCCUACAUAAAUCGCUACCAUUCUCACAAAUCCAGCGACUCUACCUAACUGAAGUGGUCGACGAAAGGGUUUUAGAAGACCUACUUCUGUCUUUCGAAGGUCUCGUGGAGAUCAAUGUCAUAUACCGGACCAACAUCCCUUCAAUUAAGGCUAUCACACGCCAUGGGGAGACUCUUAAAGUAUUGUCCGUAUGUGAUAGCUGCAAGGGACGAGAUCUCCCAGAGACAUGGUCGACAGCGAACCUCGCGGAACUAGGUUCCAAAUGCCCCAACCUUGUAGAGCUUGGGAUGUGUCAAUCAUACUACGGCAGAGAUCAUAGGAACUUUAUCAAUAAAGAUAUAACGCGGGGCGGAAGCCGGGAAGCGGCGCUCCAUGGACUCAUAUACCCCAUCACUACGCCCAUGGUGUUCCCUAGACAUUUAUUCCUCAAUCUCGAACUGCUUUACAUCUCGCUCCCGGAUCCCAAAGAUCAUAAUGGUAAUAAUAUUCGAAGAGACAAUUUGACCGAGCCGCCCUUUAAAAAGCGUGUUUUACGUGAUAUUGUGGAAUGUCUUAACGGGUAUGGGUUCUGCGGACAGUACGCGGGCGGACCGGCGCCAUCCAAAAAACUAAAGGUUGUCACACUUGGGAUUGGGAAACUGGAGGCGGAUGCUGACUUUCCUCUGGAUCCCAUGAUUCUAAAAACCGUAUAUCCCUUCCCAACGGGAGAAGUCAUGACAUUGUCGCCGUCUGAUAUACGGACCAUACACUUUGAUGGUGAUUUAGCUAGGUGGAAGCUUUUAAGACGGUAUCCCUUGAUGAUACCAACUGAAGGACUGUAG